AUGGCGGCCGGGCCCGGCCCGGGGGGGGUCGGCCCGGCCCGUCUCCACCGUGUCCGUGUCCGUGUGUGGGUGUCCCGUCGCCCCCCCCCCCCCGCCCCGCGUGCCGGCCCCGGCCCCCACCACGCGUGCCCCGUGCCCCGCGGGUGGGCGGACCCCACCUGGCUGCAGGAUGAGGAGGACGAGCUGUGGCCCGAGUUCCCCCCCUCCUCGUCCCCAGAGGGGGCCACCAGCCCCACGUCUCCCCUGUCCCCCACGUCCCCAACGUCCCCCACAGUGGGCACCGCCGAGGACUCGGGGAGCAGCAAGAGGGCUGUGCCGGUGGGGGGGCCGCGGGGCCGGGUGCCCCCUGGCGCAGUGGGGCCAAGGCCGAGGCCAGAGUGGGCCGGGGGGCGGCCACGUUUGAGUGCCCGGGCACAGGGGCGCAGCGCCAUCCUGGAGAAAUUCGGAGGGGCAGCCACGGGGCCGGCCCCACACCUGAAGAGGUUGGGGGGCACGGCCUCGGUGAAGGCCAUGCUGCUGGAGUGGUGCCGCUUCAGGACCCGCGGCUACCAGCACGUGGAGGUGCAGAACUUCUCGGGGAGCUGGGGCAGCGGCCUGGCCUUCUGCGCCCUCCUCCACAGCUUCUUCCCCGACGCCUUCGACUACAGCAGCCUGGAGCCCGGCGCACGCCGGCACAACUUCACCCUGGCCUUCGCCACGGCUGAGGAGCGGGCGGGCUGCGCCCCGCUGUUGGAGGUGGAGGACAUGGUGCGGAUGCCGGUGCCGGACGCCAAGUGCGUUUACACGUACCUGCAGGAGCUGUACCGCUGCUUGGUGGCCAAGGGGCUGGUGAAGACCAAGAAGCGCUGAGGGGGGGUCCCCCGCCGCCCCCCACCCGUGACAUCCCCCCCACCGUUUCGUCCCCCACCAGUAAAGGCUUGCAGUGCCA